AUGGCUGCCCGGAAAGUUCAGAAAGCAGACAGAGAGAAAUUGAGGAGGGACCGACUAAACGAGCAGUUUCUGGAGCUGGGAAGUGCCCUUGGUAAGAAUUGCAUUCUAGAUCCUUCAAGCUGGUUGGCGAAUGCUAUUUUGUUUCUUUUCACUUUUCUCGUCAUUCGUGCAGACAGUUCCAGUAGUGUACAGAUGAAAGAUUGAUUUCUUAUUAUGACAGAUGACAUUCGUGGGCAGUGAUGCAUCUGACUCUUUUAUCAUGUAGUGCCUUUUAUGACCAACGGAGGUUAUUAUUUUCCGCCUAUUUUUUAUUUUUUUCUAGUCAUGUAGCAUUCUAGUGAUCAUUUUUAACUCGUCAUUUCACAUCCAAUUUAUUCAGAGAGGUUUUCUUCAUCAGUAUAGAAUAAAGGCCGAUCGUUAUCUGUGAUCUGUUUUGUCUGGUUAUAAAUUCAUUAUACUAGUAAAGUUGUCAGCACUCGGAAAACAUAAUGCCAAAAGUGUGCCCUUGCUAAGAGCAGUCCCCUAUCAGUUAUUGUAAGGUAAACCUGUGAUUAUAAAUGAAGCCCAUUACCUUAUAAGUUAUACAACAUUUCAUCACUAAUUGUUGUUCUUGGGAUGAACAAGUACCCAUUUAUGUUGUCCGUGUGGUAAAUCCCAAAAAUCAGCUUGCGUAUCAGUGGGCGUGUAAAAAUAGUCCCAUAUUACUUAUUAUAGAAAUAAAAUGUGAUUGUAAAGAUGGACUCAGUGGUUUUAAGUUGGAUGGUUUCAAUUGGUUUUAGUUGUGUGUGAUUUGUGCCAGGAACUAUUUAAGAAUUUUCUUAUUUUUCUGAUGGGUAGAUGCACGCCGACUGCUUCCAAAAAAGAAAAUUAAUCUUACGAUUUAACAAUCAUAGGACGAGUAGAAAUAUUGGCCAGAUGCUUUUGUUGUCUACUUGGCACCGAUUGUUCGGCGUGCCAUACGAUCUUUGCAUUGAUCUUGAGUUGACAAAUUGUGAUGGUGCCUACAUGAUUGACCACCUGCAGUGAUGCCCCCAAAUGACAGUCCCAACCAUGUGUGAGAUUUAAAUUGCUUCUUUGUUAUGCUUCACGUCACUUGCCAUGGGCUUUUUUUGUGAAAAAAUUAAGAGCACUUCUCUAUAUUUAUGCAUGCCUCUUUUGACAUACAUAGGUAAGUUAUGAAGAUUUCUUUCUAUUUAUGUUCGAGUCCGGCGAUCUGUGCUUUUCGUCAAGGGGAACUGAUAUAUUGAUAAAAUUCCAGAUCCUGAUCGUCCCAAGAACGACAAGGCAACCAUCUUAUCUGACACGAUACAGAUGCUGAAAGAUUUGAUGGCCCAAGUAAACAAGCUGAAGUCCGAGUAUGAAUCACUCUCGGAGGAAUCAUCUGAGGUGAGUUAUUUUCUCCCCAAGAAUGCUCAAUCAUGCACGCCGCCGCCUGUGAGAUCUCCGCCCAGUGAUCUCGGCACUCGUUUCUCCUCGCAGUUGACGCAGGAGAAGAACGAACUUAGAGAAGAGAAGGCUACGCUGAAGUCUGAGAUUGAUGUUCUCAGUGCCCAGUACCAACAGAGGCUCAGAGUUGUGUUCCCUUGGGCUGCAAUGGACGCAUCGGUGGUCAUGGGUCCUCCUCAGCCUUACCCAUUUCCCAUGCCGGUCCCCAUUCCAUCAGGCCCCAUGGCUGUGCACCCUUCGCUUCAGCCAUACCCAUUCUUCCACGGAGGGCAGACCCAUGGCUCCAUGCCUAACCCAUUCAUGUCGUACCCCAACCCUUGCAACCUCCAUGCCGAGCAGCCCUCGUCUGCCCUUCGUCCGCACAAUCCCCAGCCCGGAAGCAACAGGUCUCAUGGUUCAGGGAAGAACGACGCAGGAGGCAAAUUGCCCGACCGCCAGUGCAGGAGCAGUGCAGAGAAAGGUGACAGCUUCAGCGAUGUCGCGACAGAGUUGGAGCUCAAAACUCCCGGGUCGGCUCUCCCUGUUUCAAAGUUGCCGUCUCGUGGGCAGGUUAGUCUUAAAGUCAAAAUGGCGCAGCUGCCACUGGUUCUUCGCUGCGGAUUUCCUGCCUCUCCAGUAGAUCCUUGAAGAAGUUGGUGACAUUCUUCUGACCCAUCCUUCCUCCCUCAGGACGCAAAAGCCAAGAAGGGUGAGAUGUGGCAAUCCCCGAAGAAAUCUGGCGGCGCUGCUGGCGAGGCGACCAGCUCAAGCAGGUGCUCCUCCUCUGUGCAGGAUAGCUCCUCGUCGAACGGGGACUACGGGUCCGUGGCUGAGGAGUAG